AUGAAUAUGGUGUGGCGUGCUUUAAAUCAGUGUCUUCCAACAAGGGUUAACCUGGUUUGUAAAAGAGUGCCAGUGAGUGAGGUUUGCCCGAUCUAUAAUGGUGAUGUUGAGACAGUUGUUCAUAUUCUAGUCAUUUGUCCGUUUGCUAGCCAAUGUUGGCGGCGUAGGGGUGGGUUCAAUCAAAUGGCAGAUGGGUAUUCUUUUGAUGCAUGGCUAAAGCAAAUGUUGGAUCAUACAGAUAAGGAUGUCCACGGAGAAAUUGCAACUAUAUGUUGGAGUAUCUGGCAGGCUAGGAAUCAGUUGGUGUGGGAUAAUAAGAGGAGUGAAGUAAAUCAUGUAGUGUUUUUGACAAAGCAGUAUCUUGCAGAGUGGAGAAAAGCCCAAGAAAGGGAUGAUGAAGGCCAGGUAGUGCAAGGCAGAUCAGAAGUGUUCGAGGGUAUGGUUAGGCCGGAGUUUGCAGAAGCUGUAGCGGUUAAAGAAGCUUUAAGCUGGAUCAAGACUUUUGGCGGGAGGGAAGUGGUGCUAGAAUCUGAUUGCUUUUGGCAGUUGUGCAAGCUAUCCGCAGCAAGGUUAAUAUUCGAUCUCCGUUUGGCAGUAUAA